AUGAAAAUAUUUAUUAUUUUCCUAGCCCUAUUGGCCGGAAAUAUUCAGUUCUCCCAUGGCCUGGAAUCCUCGUUGCUUUCAAGAAAUUUCCAAAAAGAUUUCCUACAGGAGCUGAGUCGUGUUAUGAAACGUUCUGCCAUGCAGGCCAUGAAUAAGUAUCUGAGAGAACUCAAAUCUUCGGGUCAAAAAAUGGAAGAUCCCACUUUUGAUCAGGCUUUGUCAGCGGCAUUGAAUUCAAAGAAGUUGGGAAGCAAGGUGGUCUUCCUUAAGCAAUGGUUCGAUUUGUCCGAACAUCGUGAUGCGAAUCGGGAAAAUAUGUAUGGCCUUAGGAAUGUUCUGUUCCUCGAGAAGUUGAAGGAUCGAUUCUAUGACCUGCAGGAGGAGAGCUUCGAGGAAAUGCACAAUCUGCGAUACUACUACAUAUGUAAGCAGUAUAAUGUAAAUGGCAAUGUGACCCAGGAGAAGGAGGUUCCGCAUCAUAAUCUCUAUGCCAAAAAUGUGCAAUUGGCCCCUAUGAUGGAGGAAUCGGUGGCCAAUGCCUUGGAGAAAUUGGGCAUUAAGGAUAAUCACACCAUCUCCAUUAAUGUAAAAGAGUUCGGGGAACAGCUCUAUCACAAGGUGAAUCACACUGGUGCGGAAUUAAUAGAUGACUACUUGGUGGUCAUUGGCAAACUUUUGCAGGAGGUCUUGGAAAAUAAGGAGGAAACUUCGGCCAGCCACAAUGAGGCCUUGGAAAAAAUCUUGGCCGAAAUUGGCCAUCUGCUCAACACCACUGAUUUCUAUAGUAAACGUCAAAGGCUCUACGAUUACCUGCAGAAUCACAUGUCCCUCGAUGUCGAGGAAUUUCAAAAUACCGAAAAUUCCCAACAGGAUUUGGUGGCCAUAUUUGAAAAAUUAAAACAAAAAGGUUUAGAUCUCAUUGUCGCCUUUCUCUUUAGUAAUUUUGAAUUUAUCGACUAUACCCAUGGCGAGUGGGAGGCCAUGCUGCCAGAGGCACCCAUACUCCUAGUGAAUGCCACCGAUGGCUCGCGCCAACUCAUGGAGAUACAGCAGCUGUAUAUGGAUUUUAAAAAGGAUUUUGAAAAUUCAUCAAAGUACGAUGCAUAUUUGGAAGCUGUACGCUUGCUGCAUGAACGAACCCAACGGGAAAAUGCUGAUACGACGCAUAUUUAUGAGAUGCUGUACAGUGCCGCACAGAAUGUGGGCAGUACCCGGGUGCUGCUGAUGGAUGAGAAAUGUAAAGAAGUUUAAUU